AUGGGGCGCCUCAGCUAUCCUCCCCAGGUGGAUAGCCCCUCAAGACAACUCCUUCUCGAUCUUACGCGCGACCUCGAGCAACUGAAGAUUCACAAUACAGAACUGAAGAAAGUCAAAGCCUACGAGCGUCGUUCCUUCUACGAAAGCCUCGAUCGUCUGGACAGCGAGCGCGAAGCCCAGCAUAAUGCGGCCCUUGACAAAGUAGCGCAGUUACAUGACCAGGUGUUAGAAGAAGCUGAAGAGACGUUACGCGCCCAUCAACGAGCAGUUGAGGAGGAGAUUCGUCGGAAGGAGGAAGAAGCGCGAAGAGAGGCGGAACGUUUGGAGAGGGAGAGACAGGAGAAACAGCGACGGGAGCAAGAGGAGGCUGCCCAAGAGGCAAGGAAGGCGGAGCAAGAGGCCGCAGAGCGCCAGGCAGCAGAGGCACAGGAGGCUCAGACAGAGAGGCAACGUCGGGUCGGUGGAGGCCGCUUGACGGAAGAUGAAGUCAAGAUUCACACACGUUAUGUGGAACUUCACCAGCACUUGAAGAAGUUCCGGCAAUACCUCAAGGAUGAAAGCAAGACGAAUGCAGUCGUGAAGCAGAACAUGGGCGAUAUUCGGCGAUCCAUCAGGAAGUGUGUUGGACAGCUCCGUGAGACUAAGGGAGGCAAUAAGACACAGAUCCAGGAAAUUCGGACAACACUCGAAAAAGCCUCUUCCAUCGCCGAGCCGUCGGUGGAUGUGCGCCAGUUCAUGGCUUUCCCUCCGGCUGAGAUUGCCAAUUCCGACAAUAACAAGGUCCCCGCGCUACUGAUUUACGCCCUCAACAUCUUUUCCAAGGCCCUCAUUGCUGGCCUCCUCCAAGAAGCCGGAAUCAACAUUGGGCAUGCAGAGCCAGUCGGGAUUGUGGCCGCACAGAUCUUUUCACUGGACGCUUUUGUCUACAAGGGCCACCACAUGGUGGACAUCCUCCUGGCGAAGUACCGUGUCUUUUGCCCGGCGCUGUGGGGAUUUUGCGGCAACGAAAAAACUGAAGGCGGCCGACGUGCCGUGGGUUGGCGGCGGGAUGGGCCGGACGGGCCUUGGCUCAGUGAACAAGCCCAUGCCGAACGCAUGACUGCUCUCGGGGCCGGCUAUGCCGCCCUCACCCUGCGCAAUUUUGGCAAGACCACGCGCAAGAACCCCUUCCCUAACACCAUGUUCUGGCAAUCGAUGCACAAGAUCUUGUCCAUCCCCGCCGACGAAAUCCAGGAUACUCAUAUCACCAUCCUGACAGCUAUGCUCAAGACCUCCGCCGAGCGGGUCGUGGGUUUCUUUGGACACGUCGGACUGGCCUUGAUGAGACUGGCGAUAGUUGACCUUCCCAGCAGACUUCCUAACGAGACCAUGAGUGUGAAACAGUUGAAACUACUCAAGGAUCUUUACCAGCGAGAAAAGAACAUCAUCAUAUGA